UAAACAACUUCUUCAGCUACUGCUUUGAUAGGAUACGAUGUCUAGUAAGAAUUCCAUGAAUACCAACAAGCACUUCAACAAAGAAGCCUCUCCACCAAGCAAAAUCAAGAAACUUAAGAACAAGCUAGGACCUCAGUGGACGAAAGAUGAGCUUGAGCGUUUCUAUGAAGCCUAUCAGAAGCAGGGCAGAGACUGGAAGAAGGUAGCUGCUUCGGUGGAGAACAACCGGUCUGUUGACAUGGUGGAAGCCCUUUUCAGUAUGAAUCAGGUAUGAAUGAAUAUUUCACUUUCGCUAGGCUUCAUUCUAACCUUAAAACAACACUAUGUCAGACAUGAAUACCUUUUCGUCCCUUUGGUUUUGCAUUUUCUUUUCCAGCCGUAUUUGUCCCUGCCCGAGGCGUCUGUAGAUGGACUCGUUGAAUUAAUGUCUGGUCAUUACAGCCUAUUCGAACGUAUGCUGAAGGAGCUGAACAACGAGCUUCAAAAGCUCGAAUGCAGAGUCGCUUUUGUGACAGAUGUUAUGAAUGGAGAAUUCAAAUUUGACAUAGAGUGGAGUCGUGCCCAGCUUUAUGAGGAGGUGAAAGGAAAAUAUGAAGCAACCGGGAGGGACUUAACAGAUUAUAGCUUCCUAUUGGAUCUGCCAUUUUCAAGCUUCAAUCAAGAAAGUCUUCGGGACUUGCAAGAAGCUAGGGAAAAGAUGAAAGAAUCUCAUGAAAGAAAGAGCAGAGAAGCUGGAAUACUGGAGAAUGACGGGACAGAAAAGGGAAGAUGAGAAGAAAGCCGAGGAAGGAGCUGCUGCAUGAGCAAAGUUCAUUGUGGAUCGAGCCUAAAGAACUAGAGAAGAAGAUUACUGAAGCGCUGGUUGACUCCACUUAGGGAUGUUGUCAUGGGCAAAAAAACCCGGCCCGGCCCGAACCCAAACUAAACCCGCCCAGAAAAUACCCUAAACUAUAAAACCCGAAAAAAACCCGGUACUAUUAGGGUAACCCGCGAAAAACCCUAGAACUUUAGGGUUACCCAAGGGUACCCGAAAAAAACCCUUUUUUGAGUUUUGUGGUUUUUUAGUUAAAGUUUUAUAGUUUUAACUUAAAUUUAUAUGUAUUGAAUAUUUAAUUUUAAUCAUGUUUUGUAUUAAAUUUGAUUAAUUUUCAAUUAUCAAAUUUAUUUUCUGUAUAAAGUAACAAAUAAAAUUUUCAUCAUUCAUAAUUUUCAAUUUGCAAAUUUAUACUAUAUCCAUAAUGUAAGUAAAUAAAUAAGUUAUAGAGAGUGCAAAAUUUAAUAGUGGGCAUUGUAUGUUUUGAUUUAUACAUCUAAUUUUUGAUUUCAAUCA